UCUGGCUGUGGAGCCUUGGAAAGCAUCUGGUUGGCAGACUGUUGCUGUAGUUAAUAAUGCUUUUAAGCCAGAGGUGAAAGUGGCUCAGCAGAGCAACAUCAGGAAAUCUGGCAGACUGGAAGGAACAGCUGCCCCUCAGGGCAGCUGCAAAGUGUGAAACAUGGAGGAAAAUAAGAACGAGAAGGUGAACCAGGCUCAUGUUCUGUUUGACAGAUUUGUCCAAGCUUCAACCUGCAAGGGGACUCUUAAGGCUUUCCAAGAGCUCUGUGACUACUUAGAACUAAAGCCCAAGGACUACCGUUCUUUCUAUCACAAACUCAAGUCCAAGCUAAAUUACUGGAAAGCCAAAGCCUUGUGGGCCAAAUUGGAUAAAAGAGGCAGCCAUAAGGACUAUAAGAAGGGGAAAGCGUGCGCCAACACGAAGUGUCUGAUAAUUGGGGCUGGACCCUGUGGCCUUCGUACAGCCAUCGACCUGUCAUUCCUAGGAGCCAAGGUGGUAGUUAUAGAAAAGAGGGAUGCCUUUUCCCGCAAUAAUGUGCUGCAUUUGUGGCCAUUCACCAUACAUGACUUGAGGGGCCUUGGCGCCAAAAAGUUCUACGGCAAAUUCUGUGCAGGAUCCAUAGACCAUAUCAGUAUCCGUCAGCUCCAGCUUAUCCUUUUGAAGGUUGCCUUGAUCUUGGGAAUAGAGAUCCAUGUCAAUGUGGAAUUUCAGGGGCUUGUAUAUCCUCCGGAGGAUCAGGAGAAUGAAAGAAUAGGUUGGCGUGCAUUGGUCCACCCAAAAACCCACCCAGUAUCUGAGUAUGAGUUUGAAGUAAUCAUUGGAGGGGAUGGCAGGAGGAACACCUUAGAAGGGUUUCGCAGGAAAGAGUUCCGUGGUAAACUAGCAAUUGCGAUCACAGCAAACUUCAUCAAUCGCAACACCACAGCUGAAGCCAAAGUAGAAGAGAUCAGCGGUGUGGCCUUCAUAUUCAACCAGAAGUUCUUCCAGGAUCUACGAGAAGCCACAGGUAUUGACUUGGAGAACAUUGUCUACUACAAGGAUGAUACACACUACUUUGUCAUGACUGCCAAAAAACAGAGCUUGCUGGAAAAAGGAGUGAUACGACAUGAUUAUGCUGACACAGAGUUGUUGCUGUCACGGGAGAAUGUGGACCAGGAGGCUCUGCUAAACUAUGCCAGAGAAGCAGCUGACUUCUCCACUAAUCAGCAGCUGCCAUCACUGGACUUUGCCAUCAAUCACUACGGUCAGCCAGAUGUGGCCAUGUUUGACUUCACGUGCAUGUAUGCAUCUGAGAAUGCAGCGCUGGUGCGAGAGCAGAAUGGCCACCAGCUACUUGUGGCCCUGGUUGGGGACAGUCUCCUAGAGCCAUUUUGGCCAAUGGGAACUGGAAUAGCCAGGGGAUUCUUGGCUGCAAUGGAUUCUGCUUGGAUGGUACGAAGUUGGUCACUCGGAGCUAGCCCUUUGGAAGUUCUUGCAGAGAGGGAAAGCAUUUAUAGGCUCCUGCCUCAGACCACCCCUGAGAAUGUGAGUAAGAACUUCAGCCAUUACAGCAUUGAUCCCGCCACCCGGUAUCCCAAUAUCAAUGUCAACUUCCUGCGGCCACAGCAGGUACGCCACUUGUAUAAUACAGGAGACCUGAAAGACAUUCAUCUGGAAAUAGAGAACUUUGUAAACUCCAGGACACCAAAGCUGGCUCGAAAUGAGUCUGUAGCUCGCUCUAGUAAAUUGCUCAGUUGGUGCCAGAGGCAGACAGAUGGAUAUGCUGGUGUAAAUGUGGCAGACCUCACGAUGUCAUGGAAAAGUGGCCUAGCUUUGUGUGCCAUUAUCCACAGAUACCGUCCAGACUUAAUAGACUUUGAUUCUUUGGAUGAGCACAAUGUGGAGAAGAAUAACCAGCUAGCCUUUGACAUUGCUGAAAAAGAGUUUGGAAUAUCUCCCAUUAUGACUGGAAAGGAAAUGGCAUCUGUUGGAGAGCCAGAUAAACUGUCAAUGGUGAUGUACCUCACACAGUUCUAUGAGAUGUUCAGAGACACCAUCCCCUCCAGCGAUACUCUGGAUCUGAAUGCGGAAGAAAAAGCUGCCCUAAUUGCCAGUACCAAAUCACCCAUCUCUUUUUUCAGUAAACUGGGACAAAGCAUCUCUCGAAAACGUACCCCAAAGGACAAAAAAGAAAAGGAACUGGAUGGAGCAGGAAAGAGGAGAAAAACCAGCCAAUCUGAGGAUGAGGACAUCCCACGAAGCUACAGAGAAGAAAGGCCCACGCUGGUCAGUGCCCUGACAGAGAGGAGAAUUGAUGCUGCCAUUGGGAAUCAGAACAAAGUAAAAUCUAUGGCAACCCAGCUACUGGCCAAGUUUGAGGAGAAUGCACCAGUGCAGUCCUCGAGCUUACGAAGACAGCAACCUGUCCUGCCUUAUCAAGAACGUAUUCACACUCAGCCAUCCAGCAGACGAGAGCAGGGCCGUCUUGCUCCCGUACCCCAGUGGAAACAGAUGAGGACUAAGGAACGUUCUCGGACCUGCCCCAAAAAAGUGAUCAUGCUCUCUUCUUCCACUCCACCUUCCUCUCCACCAUAUCCCAGGCAGCAGAGAAACAGGGAGCCUGGUGCCGACUAUCUUGGGGAGCAGAGUCCCAGACAGGAAAGGAGAUCUCCUCGUUUAUUUUCUGAUGACCAAGUGCCUGAGAAUGUUGAGCAAAGGGCAUGCCAGCUGGCUGCCCUCCUGGAGUCCAGACCUGCAGUGAGGCAUCAGCCUGAGACUGAACCGUCUCGCCGAUUCUUUGUUGACCAGUGGGAGCUCUCCCUUAGCCUCCGUUCUUCUAAUCGCCCUUCUUCACCUUCAUCUGACUCUCUUCGACAGAAGUAUAUAAAGAUGUACACAGGCGGAGUGAGCUCAUUGGCUGAGCAGAUAGCCAAUCAGCUUCAAAGGAAAGAGCAACCCAAAACCCUUCUAGACAAGAAGGAACUGGGCUCGCUCAAAAAGGAGUUCCCCCAAAACCUGGGAGGCAGUGAUGUCUGCUACUUCUGCCGCAAGCGAGUCUAUGUGAUGGAAAGGCUGAGUGCUGAAGGCAAAUUCUUCCACCGCAGCUGCUUCAAGUGUGAAUACUGUGCAACAACUCUGCGCUUGUCAUCUUAUGCCUAUGAUAUUGAAGAUGGUAAAUUCUACUGUAAGCCACACUACUGUUACCGACUCUCUAGUUAUGCUCAAAGGAAAAGGCCAGCAGUGGGUCCUCUGUCAGGAAAGGACACCAAAGGACCUCUGCAGGACGCCAUGGCAAGUGAUGGAAGUGGACGGGCAAAUACCAUCUCCGCCUCAGCAGAGAGGGCCCCAGGUCCUAAUGUAAAUGGGCUGGAAGAGCCCAGCCUUGCUAAACGGCUGCGUGGCACACCUGAGCGCAUUGAACUGGAGAACUACCGACUGUCACUGCAGCGGGAAGAAGAGCUGGAAGAGGUUCCUGAAGAGACCUUAGCAGAGCAUAACCUGAGCAGUGUCUUGGACAAAGGAACAGAAGAGGAUGUGCCCAGCAGUAGUUCAGAGUCUGAGAUGGAGGAGGAAGAUGAGGAGGAAGAUGAUGAACUGCUGCUGCCUCAGCAACCCCCUUCAGACUUGGGUGGUGUGCCAUGGAAAGAAGCUGUGCGUAUCCAUGCUCUCCUGAAGGGAAAGAGUGAAGAAGAAAUUGAGGCUGAGGAAAAUCAUGAGAUUGAGGACAAAGAAGAAGAGGAGGAGGAAGACUAUGAAGAAGAGGAAGAUGAGGAGUCGAGUGAAGAGGGGGAGUAUUGCCCUUGGGAGAGAGAGCUGCAGGAAGGCCUCUGGCUUGAACGUCUCUCAAAUGAAGAGGACACGGGUACAAAUAAAGCUGGAAACCUUAGACUGCAGCAGAUUGUAAAUCUGGUUGAUCCUUUGGAGAUCCUGGCAGAUGUGCACUGGACACACAUCCGUGAAAAAGAGGAGGAGGAAAAAAUGCUCCCAUCUUCAAAGUCCUCCACCUCCAGAGCAUCCGACCUUCCCUCCGUACGCCAUGAGGCGGUACAGGCGUGGCUGGAGACGGUCCCUGGAGCCCCAUGUGAAGAUAAUGAUGUGGAAGACGAGCUGGGCACAGAGCCUGCAGACACAGAAGGGCAGGCAGGUGAAGAGGGAGACACAGGUGCAGAGCUGGAUGACGAUGACAUCCCAUCUGAUGCAGAAGCAGAGUUUCGCUUACAUCAAGGUGGCAUAGAAAAGCGAGAACUAAAGGUCUCUGAAGAUGAAGAGGAUGAAGAAAGAGCAGAAGGUGCUUCUUACAUUGUGACAGAAGAUCCAUGCAAACCAUCAAUUCCUACCCAGUCGUCUACUGACAGUGUUCUUCCUUUGUCUCCAGUUGAUAGUCCCAAAGCAAAACAAACAGAGGAUGCGAAAGAUCUCCUGGCUGAAGUAUCCCGUGCAAUAAAAUCUCCAGAAGCACUCUUCUUUCCUGAACCUUUCAUUCCUGAAGAAGGACAAAAGGAUGAAAUUCCCAAAGACAGGAAAGCCAAGAGCCCUUUGAUGCCACCAUCUCCAGUGUUAACCCAGCCAGUUGCAUCACCAGAAGCCAUUGCACCUCCAUCACUAGCAGCAUCUCAGCCAACAGCACCAACAUUGGCUUCAUCCCCAAUGCCUGCUCAAAUGCCAAUCUGUUCCCAGCCUUUGCCUUCUGCUGAAACACCCAUUCCAUCCCCGGUGGAGCCUCCAGUAUGUUUCCAACCUGUCCCAGUCAUAACAUCUACUCCGCUAGCCAAACUGGUCCUUAGGGGCCAGGAUAGUGAAGUGGAAAAACUGGGGAGCCCUACUACUGCAGAAGAAGCCUUGAAACGGAGUAACCUCGUAGAAGAGUUCUGGAUGAAGAGUGCUGAAAUCCGGAGGAGCUUGGGGCUCACCCCAGUAGACAGAAACAGACGCUCAGAGACGAACUUUAAUGUAUCUGCACUUGAGACAACUUCUCUGAAGACUUUUAAUAGUGAGAACGUUUCAGGGAAUGAAAGAGUCCAUCAUGUGAAACCCCAGCCUGCCCCAAGAAGACAGGCACUGUCUAAGUUAGAAAAUGAACAGAUUUCUCUGCUCACUCCAAAAUCUCCAUCAGAAAAAGAGCUGAAGAAUUCCAGUGAAGUGGGGAGAGAAGUGUCCAGUAGUUCAGGACUUGGCCUUCAGGAGAGCUCAUCUAACAUGAGAACUAUGGCUAGCCAGAGCUUCAACACCUCUGACUCUACCAUGCUUACUCCUCCAUCAAGUCCACCGCCACCACCUCCUCAGGAUGAAGAACCAGCCACUUUGCGUAGGAAAAGGCAUCAAGCAGUCUGGCAGAACAAGAUUGAAGCCAGGUCACCUCCAACACCAGCAUCAACACCUCCUGCUCCCCCACACCGUGAGCCAACAACCUCUCCUGCCAAAGAGUCAACCCAGGCCAAAAAAGACGAUGUGCGGAAGUCUUUUGCAGAGAGUGUGGAUGAGAUUCCAUUUGCUGAUGAUGUAGAAGACACAUAUGAUGACAGGACAGAGGAGUCUAGCCUUCAUGAGAAGUUUUUUACACCUCCUACUAGUAGGCCAAGGCCAGAGAAACCACUUCUUUUGCCCUUGGUCAAAGAAAAUGGGGGUCCACCCCCAAUGGAAGGAGGGGUUACCCAAAAGAAGAGAGUGUUUCCUGAAAUUUCUGUGGAGGCCAAGGAGCUUGCUGAAGAAAGAAUGAGAGCCAGAGAAAAGUCUGUUAAGAGCCAAGCGUUGCGUGAUGCCAUGGCUAAACAGUUGUGUAAGAUGAAAGAUAUGGAAAUGGCUGCAGCUGCUGCUGAGGCCACAAGGGCUCGAAAGGCAUCUUCUAUGCCCUUGAAGACCAAAGAGUUGUUUUAUGACUCUCCUAAACAUCUGGCCUUGAAAAUAGCAGAGGGAUCCACACAAAAGCAUGAUUCUUUAGGUGAGUUCUUCACUCCUGCUGCUGAUAUGGCUGGACCUGAAGGCUCUGUCACUUCUUCAGAAGGCUCCAGUGGGAAGAAUAAGAAAAGAACUUCUCUUUUCUCCCCUCGUAAGAACAAAAAGGAGAAGAAAUCCAAAAAUGACAGCAGACUUUCUGACAAAUCUAGCGGUGGGACAGAAGAAGCAACAAAGCCCAGGUCAUUAUGGAAGUCUGUUUUCUCUGGGUAUAAGAAAGACAAGAAGAAAAAGACUGAUGAAAAAUCCUGCCCAAGUACACCCUCAAGUAAUGCCACUGUGGAUUCUGGCAAGCACAAAGCUUCUCCAUUGGUUACAGUUGCAGAUUUGAAGCUACGUCAACACCUGAGUUUCUCAGAGGACUCCGACCUCUCCAGUGAUGAUAUUCUGGAACGUUCCUCCCAGAAAUCGAAGCGAGAGUCGAUUUAUGUACCACACGCCUUGGCAUUCAAGAGAUCAUAUUCGUCAAAGAGAGCCUACACAGAAGAGGAACUGAAUGCCAAGCUGACCCGGCGAGUACAGAAAGCUGCCCGUAGACAAGCCAAGCAAGAGGAGCUAAAGAGGUUACACAGAGCUCAGAUCAUCCAGCGGCAACUUGAGCAAGUGGAAGAGAAGCAGAGGCAACUUGAGGAGAGAGGGGUUGCUGUGGAGAAGGCCCUUCGGGGAGAAGCAGACUAUUGGGGAGAGUCUUAUUACAGUGACCUCAUCGACUUGCAUCUGGGUGGCAUGGGUAAGAAGGAUGAUCCCAAGCUGAUGCAGGAGUGGUUCAAGUUGGUGCAGGAGAAGAAUGCCUUGGUUCGCUACGAGUCCGAACUGAUGAUAUUUGCUCGGGAGCUAGAACUGGAAGACAGGCAGAGUCGAUUACAGCAGGAGCUCCGGGAGAGGAUGGCAGUAGAAGAUAAUCUGAAGACAGAUGAGGAGCUCUCAGAAGAGAAGAGGAUCCUGAAUGAGAUGCUAGAAGUAGUGGAGCAGAGAGAUUCUCUAGUGGCUCUCCUUGAGGAGCAACGACUUCGAGAAAAAGAAGAAGACAAGGACCUGGAGGCAGUCAUGCUUUCCAAAGGUUUUAGCUUGAACUGGUCUUGAUCUUAACACAUUUACCUCUGUGGGUCUGUGUUGUCCAUUUGGCCUACCCUGAGUUCGCCAAAAUUACAUGGAUAGGAAAAUGUUGAAGGGGAAGCCUCCAAAGGGUCCGACAGCAUGCAACGAUUUGGUUUGAAGCACUCAGAGGCCUUUUGAUAAGUGUGUUGCUUCCAGAAGCUUAAGUUUAAAUGUCUGCAAGCCAAGUUGAAGAUAAUGGGUUGAGACUAUGGAGUCUCCUUGAGGUCCUAUGCAAUGGACCAUAUUUUUUUUGUGUGUGUGGUGAGGGAGAGGAAUAAUCCAUGUGUGGGGAAGGAGGUUAAGGGAAGAAGUACCCUUAACUAAACUGUAUUUAUGGCAGUCCAUUCCUUUCCCAUUUUUACUACACCAUUUCAAAUAAAAGGGAGGGAAGCGGCAACCCUCUCUGGAAAACCACAGCAGCCUGUAGCAGCCUGUAUGGUGGAGUCAGCUGUACGAGAGAGUUCCAGAAGCCCAGGGCAAGACCUCUUUUGCUUUAGUCUUCCUCCCCACCAAAGAAACUUGCAGUUGAUCAUUAUGCAUGGUUUUGAAGAAAUACGAGACAGAGAAGAUGCUACUAGUAUGUGUGAUGGAACUCUGCCUCCUGGUUUUUAGAGAUUUGGGUAUCAGAGGACUUUCUCCCUUUCAUAGCCUCCUAAAUCAUCAUCGUCUUGUGGGGAAAAAAGGGAGGAGAAGAGUGAGAGAAGAUGUCCUUCUGCUUUGCUACACACUGGAGAGACAGCCACUGCUGGCCUUAGUCUUCAUGGCCACAGCUCAGAGGCUGGUGGGCUUCGUUGUUCUGUUUCUAUUUUGACUGCUUUGACACUGGAAAAUAUUGACUGUGGGACAGUGGUAAGUGUGCUGGGGCAGGGGUGAUACCAGGCAGCAUUCCCUGGCUGUUAGGCCCCUAAAAGGGAGAAGCCCUGAACUGCCUGAACCACCAUUAAGACUUUUUAGUGUUUUUAUUAUUUUUCCUCUGUAUUUUGUUUUUGCACAUUGGAAACAAAGCUUAAGACCUGCCUGGGCUCUCAGUCACUUUGACCCUUUUAUGUCAAUUAACUUAUUUUUUUGAUACUUGAAAGAAGAUUCAUUUUUGUAUCUUUUAGGAAAAAAAUGGACGAGUGAUGGGUGUGUGUGCCUGCUGCAUUCUACAACUUCCACUUCUAAAUUACUGGAUGUUGUUACCUUUGGCUAUUUAUUGGUGUUCUUAUUAAUAAUUUGAUUGUUACAUAUAUUUGAUUGUGGAGAGAGUGUUUUAACUCUGUUAGAGAAAGACACUACUGCGGAUUGGUCCCUACUUCACAGCAAGGGCAGCCUUUAUAUACCCACGGAUGCAACCUGCCCUAGAAGUUCUCCUAUACGACAAAAUCCUGUGCAUUCGUGGAGCUGUAAGAAUUUUUUUGAGUUCCAAGCAUACUUUUCUUCUGCAUCCCAGAUUCCCACUGUUGAAUUAAUAAACUUCUAACUUAUUUAAAUUUUACAUUUCUAUAACAAGAAAGCCAAAACUGUGAGGUAGAAAUACACCAUAUAUCUCACUGAAAAAGUGGACCCUCACACUGCUGAAAUACAGCUAGAGGGACUUCCAUGAAAACAUCCUGCUGCAUCUGCUGGAAGAAGCACCUUUUAGCUCAGCUAGUGAAGCAAGGGGCUGCUUUUUAUCCUGGAGGGUACUCAUUACAAUUGUACAUUAAGCAAUGAGGAGGACAUGCACUGAGCAGUUGAGCACCAUUCAUUGUUUCAUAGAGUUCCUGAGCACACUUACAUCCUUACCUUGUCCCACGGAGCUGGUAUAGCACUGUGCAUUGGGUAUGUGCCCCAUCCCUAACGUGACUGAGUUCAGAGUUUUUUCCCUGUGGGAUGCUGACUGUCUUCUCUUUCUAAAGAAGUACUAAGACUGCUCCCUAGUGUCCUUGAGAAAGUGUCCCGUUCCCAAGCGUAUUCAUCCACCAUACUGAAUCUUUCGGCUUGAACUGAGGCUGUUGGUGCAAGGUACCCAUGCAGGGCUGAAUGUCCAUUCAUCUUUUGCCCCUGGACAGAAAUUGGCAUGGUUUUUCACUGUUGGCUCUCUGCCUUCUUCAUGGAGGUCUUCUGUAAGCCAGGGUCUACGAUUUGCAUUCAACUCUGAUUCAGGAGCAUGACUCUGGCUGAGGAAGAGUGGGUAGGACCAUACCCAGAGACUCUGAGUGGUGCUGGUUGUUAACUGUGGAAACAUGUUUUUCCCACUUCAGGUGUUCCCCUUUAUCCCCCCAGUAUUUUUUGCUAAGACAUUACAGAUUAAAUCCAGAUGUUCAUGAAAGAAAACAGGCAAGUGCAGUGCUGCUUUGUACUAGUACAUGUUAGCAAGUGGCACCUGCUGUACCAGCAUCACAAAGUGUUGGCUUACCAACAGGAUAUCCAGCAAACAGAAUUUCCCCCAUCUGCCAGUGCAGGGGCAGCUCCACAAGUCCAGAUGGCAGCAGUGGUUUACAUAGUCUGCAACUGAGGGGUCGCUGGAAGCUGGAGAGGAAAAGAAAAAGAGAGGGAAAGUGAAAAAAGAAUACAGGAGGAGAUAAGAAAGAGCUAAUACAGUUUAUGGUAAACUUCUCUUGCACAGAGAAUUAGCCUCAGUCCACAGAAAGAAAUCCUGAAGAAGAAAUAACCCAAUUACUACUUUUCCCUUUCAUGCUGGGGGACACUGGCCAGAUCUUUGCAAUGGAGAAGACUGAUAUCACUUGAGGGUGAUGCCCUAUGGCAUGGGAGAACUGCAUACGCUAAACCAGAAUUCUUUAGGUGAUGCUAAAGGCCUCUAGCAGUGAGAAUUAAAAUGAAGACCUAACAUUGUGCUUACAAAUUAAUAAAAAAGGCAUGAGGGGGAAUGUUAAAAGGCCUUUUUAUAUAAAAAUGGUUGGAAAAGGCACAACUUGUAUUUGCUGUUCAGUUGCACUUUAAGAAUAUGACUUGCAUAUCAGAUAACUGGGUUUUUUUACUAUCUGAAUAUUUUUAAUUCAAAUUUUGUAUUUUUAAAGCUUAAAAAGGCUCUUGUGACCACAAGAUUCCUUAUUUGUAUCAGAAUCCAAGUAGGAUGUUCAAGCUCUUUGUGCUGUCCAGGUGGGUAGCAGCACAUGACUCAGCCAUGUGCAUUCAGUGACGUGUGUCCAUUUCACUUAUGAAGGGAGAGAGAAGGCCCUCAGCUACUGAGUAGUGGCCAUGCAAGGGCAUCCAUCCCCAUGUGAUAUGGUCCAUACCAAGGGCUGUCCACUUCUUCCCUGCAGUAGAUAGGAGGAGAGCCGAGCUUGGAACGCAACUGUGUUCAUUUUGAGAUGGGCACACUGAAGAUGGAGCAAGCACUUCAGUCCUCUCCUAGGAAGGGAGGAGGAUGGAAGCACCUGGGAGGCAAAUGGGGAUGGGGGAGUGAGGACUGCCAAAACUAUAAUCCCGAGCUUCAAAGAACUAUUGUGUGGGGAGGUGACAAGAUGUUGCAGCUCCAACUUCCAAACGUACUCCUUCUUUCAGUUAACCAAUAUCCCAUGGUCUCACUAGGGCAUGUUACAAACUGCGUUGCUGAACAUAUUUUAGAGCAAACCGCAAGUUUUAAAAGCCUGUCCUUCUCUCUAUCUGUCUCGACGUUUUAUGUAAAUAUUUGUUUGUAUGUAAAGACACUAGUGGAUCCUUGGGUUACCCCCAGUCAAGAAUCUGAGUUUCGUGCAAUGCCUAGGCUUCUCUUAGAACACGGUGCUUGCAUAGAUCUAGUCACCGCAUUUGUGUGCACUCUGGUGUUUUUUAAUGUUUUUAUAACUCCUAAUCUUGAACAUUAUGAAGUAUUAUAAGUGGUCUAGACUGCAUGAUCUAGAGCAGCUGGCAGUUCCAUUUUUCUUAGCAGCUGUUUCUAAAAUGUUCACAGCUACACUUUGUUUGGUUAACAUUCUUUUAAAAUUGCUUUUUGAUUAAGUGUUUACACCAGACACCAGUGGAUGAGAAAGGUGUUGCAUUAUAAAAACUCCUGCGUACAAAUUAAAAAGCCACAGCAUGGCUUUAUGGGACUUUCAGUGGCCACUGUCUGCAAUAGUGAAAACUCUAAAACAUACUAAAAACCAGGCUGUAUAUAGUUCACAGAGAACAAGAUUGCUGGCUCUCACCGUUGUAAAACAACAGAGAUCAGAAGUUUUCCAAAAGUUCCUGCUUUUGGAUUGCUCAGAGCAUUGCUAUAGGCAGAUAAGCCAGGCAGAUAAGGAUCUCACUGAAAGCAGAUAUGAAGGGGAGGAUGCCAUGUUCUGAUGGCAUUUCAGUAAUUUUAAUACUUGGUAUCUCUGCGUGCAUGCGUGUGUGUGUGAAGUCUAAUCCAGGUGAAGGGAUCUGCUUUGGCAUCUUCCCUUUUUUAUGAAAGUGAACUCUGAUAUUCAGAUCAUCCAAGGCUUUUACGGUUGGCAUGUAUGGAGUGUUAACAGAAAAGCGUGUACCCUACUUGUAAAAAACAACAACUCUGUUCCAGCUUGUUUUCUUCUGUUUGGUUGUGUUUUAUUGUUUGUUUUUAUGCACACUUGCUUCAUUGGUGUUGAGAUUUUAGCACCUUGGAUGGCCAACUGAACUAAAAAAAAAAAUAAAGUCAUUAAUUAUUU